CUGGUUCAGAGCUGGCUGCAUGUGGCUCCUCGACUACCGAGGAGUCUUCAGCCACACUGGACUCAAGCUGGUCAAGCUGGCCCACGACAGUCAGGGACGGAAUGUAGCUAAAUCCUACGGGAACAUUUACACUUUGUGGUUUGGACGGUACCCUGUGGUUGUCUUAAACGGGUUCCAAGCAGUGAAGGAUGGUCUCACCACCCGCCCAGAAGACCUCGCAGGCCGCCCGCUGUCCCCUUUCUUCCAUGCUAUGGCCAAUAACAAGGGUCUGUUGCUGGCAACUGGCAGCACAUGGAGGCAUCAGAGAAAAUUUACCCUGGUGACUCUGAAAAGCCUGGGCCUGGGGAAAACCAGCCUCGAGUACCAGAUCCAAGAGGAAGCCGGCCACCUCGUGGAGAACUUUAGAAACGCCAAAGGAAGGCCCAUGAAUCCAUCGUUCGCCCUCACGCUCGCUGUUUCGAACGUGAUCUGCGCCGUCGUCUUUGGCCAUCGCUUCUCCAAUGACGACAAAACCUUCCACCACCUGCUGGAAGCCAUGGAGUGCAUAUUCAAAUUUGCAGGGAGUAUCUAUCAUCAGAUCUAUGACGUCUUUCCUUGGCUGAUGCGCCGUUUGCCAGGACCUCACAAGAAGACUCUGGCAAGCUGCGAGGAGGUUUGUUCCUUCAUAAGGAAGGAGAUCAGAAGCCAUCAGGACAGAGGAGCUUCGGAUGAGCCUCAAGACUUCAUUCAUAGUUACCUGGCUCAAAUCGAGAAGAUCAAAGAUCAGCCCAAACCAGCCUACGAUGAACGCAACAUGGUCCAGUGCAUCUUCGAUCUGUUCUUGGGUGGUACGGAGACGUCCAGCACCACACUGUACUGGGCAUUGCUCUAUAUGGUGGUUUAUCCUGAUAUCCAAGGCAAAGUCCAGAAGGAGAUAGAUGCCACAGUGGGCCCCGGCCACAUGAUCUGCUACGAGGAUCGCAAGAACUUGCCCUACACAAAUGCUGUGAUUCACGAGGCCCAGCGCUUCAGCAACGUUGUGUCCAUCGGGGUACCCCGGUUGUGCGCGAAAGACACAAUGAUCCAAGAGUUCUUCAUUAAAAGG